CCGUGUCCCGUGACGUCACACCGCGAGCCGAGCCAGCCGUGUCCCGUGACGUCAUACCGCGAGCCGAGACAGCCGUGUCCCGUGACGUCAUACCGCGAGCCGAGCCAGCCGUGUCCCGUGACGUCACACCGAGAGCCGAGCCCCGCCAGCAGUGUGGAGGAUGUGCCCGGUGACACCACCGCCGAGGAACAAGCCUACACGUCGGAUGUAAAAUCAUUGAUCAAAUCAGAGCCUUAUGAUGAUGAUGUGGAAAAUGAGCAGCUGCUUGAUGCGUCAUCUGUUGAGCUUCCGCCGGCGCAGCCUGUCGCCCGCACAAGUGAAGCCGAGCUCGAGCAUCGCCACGACUCGGCGCCCGCGCAGGCGAGUCCCGUGACGUCACACGAGCCGACUCCAGCGACGAGUGUGACGUUGCCUGAUGCCACCGGAGAAAAAACCCACACAGAACAACCUAGCUUAAUCGGACAUAUAAAUAACCAGCACACAGACACUAAUGCUAUGUAUUCAUGCAAAAUCUGUUCACAAAAGUUCUCAAACAAAACUCUCCUUAAACGACAUGUACACACUCACAUGGAACUCGAAACAUACAUUUGCGAUAUGUGUAAUAUGAAAUUCAAGCUGAAAUCAGUUUUAAUCAGACAUAUUUUUAAGAUACAUAUGAAGAUAAAUCACGUGUGCAAAGUUUGCAAUAAAAAAUUUAAAAAAAUGUGUUAUUUAAAGACACAUCAAAGACUUCACACUGGUGACAAACCAUACAAAUGUAAGGUAUGUGAUAAGAAAUUUGCAGUUGUUAAAUAUUUAAAUGAACACAAAACUGUUCACACUGGUGAAAAACGAUACAAGUGUAAAGAAUGUAACAAACAAUUCAGAGAUCGUAGUUCGUUUCACAGACACAAAAAAAUUCACAUCGGAUACAAAAGAUUUAGCUGUGAUCAAUGCGGCGGACGUUUUUUAAGAAACAGCACUUUAACUGUACACAAAAGAAUUCACACGGGUGAGAAAUUAUAUAAGUGUGAUGAAUGUGAUGAUGUAUUUGGAUACAUAAAUUCUUUAAAAAAGCAUAAAACUAUUCAUGCUCGAGGUAAUAUUUACAGCUGCGACGUUUGCGACGAGAAAUUUUUACUAAAAAAUCUUUUAGGUAAACAUAAAAAGAAUCACAUCGGAGAAAAAGCGUACCGCUGCGAAAAAUGUAACAAGAGAUUUAACAGAAAAGAUCAUUUAGAUUUCCAUAAAAUAACGCACAAUGGAGAUAAACCAUACAUCUGUGACAAGUGUGGUAAGCGAUUUAAACGAAAAAGUAAUUUAGAUCAACAUAAAAAAAAUCAUGAAGAAAAAUCUCACUGUUGUAAUAAAUGUAACAAGCAAUUCACACACAAGCAUCAGUUAGAUGCUCAUGAAAGAACUCACACUAAAGAAAAAGCAUAUAUUUGUGAAAAAUGUGGUGCGCGAUUCGCGCAGAAUUAUAUUUUACAGAAACAUAAACAAAUUCAUUGUGAAAAGGUACCCGUGACUGUGAGGAAAUUAACUAAAGAAAAAAAUGGAAAAAAAGACAAAGGAAUAUUAAUACAAAAUAGUGUAUCAAACGUGCUUCAGUGUGCAAACAAAAUCUGAUUUGAAAGUAUAAUAUUUUGUUCGUGAAGAUUAUAUCAUUGUUACUAAAGCACAGUAGGGUCAAUGUGCAGAAAAAUGACAUGCGUCUAAAAGUUUUGGUAGGAAGACCGCCAUAUGGCAAGAUUUAUCGUAUUUGUGUAUUUAUUUGUGUUAGGUUUCAGUUCAGUUUAAUAUAUGUAGUAUGUGUGUUUGUGUUUAAUAGUCUUCAUAUUUAGCUCCUUGCACUACCUGUUGAUUUUUGUAUGAGCUCUAAAUUUCCUGCUACCCAAAGGUUGUCUGGAAGAGAUCGCUUUUUAGCGAUAAGACCGCCUGUUGUUACCUGGUUCUAUUUUUCUUUAAUAUUUCUUUAUAGUUUGACAUAAGAAAUGCAGGCAGUGACACAAUUUUCAAAAAUAAAUUAAAGGCGUUACUAAUUAAAUGUGCUUGUUACGAUAUAAAUGAAUUUGAAAACCUAAGUGAUAAUUUGUAGUAUUAAGUAGUGGAUAUUUGUUGCAUGCAUCUUUUGUUUGUAAUUUAAUUGAAUCGAUGACACUGACAUUUUGUAAUUUAGUUAUUAAUUUAUAACAUUAUUCUAUGAUUAUUAACUUGAACCAAUAACUGACAUAUUGAAAUUGUAUUUAAUUAUAUCUAUCGUACAUUUAAGUCUAAUCUUAUAGCACUUGGAAAUAUGACGUGUAAAAAAUUGUAUUAUUUUUACCAAUAAAUAAUCUGAAUCUGAAUCAAGGCAACAAAUAACCCCACCAAAUUACGUAGGUUGUUUUUGGUAGUAUUUCGGUGUAUAGUGGCGCCGCCUAAUUACUGUUUUUUGAUGGACACUUUUCAUACAUAGAGAUUUGGCUCCUUUAUAUAGUCUCCAUGGUUACCACAUUUUUCUUUUGAUUGACAGAACAAGAUAAGAGUUUUUUUUAAGUACAGUCGCAAUAUACAGGUCGUGUUGUUUUGUUUUUGGUUAUUGUCUUUGGAAAUUAAUUUUUAGUUCUAUGUAGAAUAAUUCUUAUCUUUUUGGGAAUAUUGUUUUGACUGAAAUAGAUUAAUGAAUUGUACUAAAGAAUAUUAUUGUGAAUUAAUGUUUCAAGCAGACUCGAUUGAGGGGGUGUGUGUUGUUGUGAAGAGGCUUACGAGCAAUCGACUCGAGCGUGGCAAAGCUAUUUUAAACUAGGAGGAUAUAACCAACCACACAGAGUAGCUAUUAACAGGCGUUCUCCUCUGUUGAAAAUGGUUGGCCAAUGGUCAUGCGCAAUGUAUGGACUAACAUUUAUUUGACAUGGCUAUUUUGACGUUCCACUCCCGCGCAAAAAUUGGCAGACUUUUUUGUACAGCAAAUUACAGACAAGGCGUCUCCGUUGGUUAUAUCCUCCUAGAUUUUAAACGUUGAAUCUCAAAUUUGAAUUUGUAUGCAAGUCAAAUUUGAGAACUUUA